CGCAGGGUCCAGCAGGCAGCGGAGAGGCGGGAGACCACCAUGUCCUUCCCCGGCAAGAAGAGCGUCCCCCGGACCACGAGCGACCGCCUUCUGAUCCGGGGUGGCAAGGUAGUGAAUGAUGACCAGUCCUUCUACGCCGACCUGUAUGUGGAAGACGGGAUCAUCAAGCAGCUCGGAGAAAGCCUCAUUGUCCCCGGUGGCAUCAGAACCAUUGAGGCUCAUGGGCUGUUGGUCCUGCCGGGUGGCAUCGAUGUCCACACCCGGCUGCAGAUGCCUGUUCUGGGCAUGACACCGGCUGACGACUUUUGCCAGGGCACCAAGGCUGCCCUGGCAGGGGGCACCACCAUGAUCCUGGACCACGUGUUCCCCGAGGCGGGCGUGAGCCUGAUGGCCGCCUAUGAUCAGUGGCGGGAGCGUGCGGACAGCAGUGCCUGCUGCGACUAUUCCCUGCACGUGGACAUCCCCCGCUGGCACGAGAGCACCAAGGAGGAGUUGGAGGCCUUGGUCAAGGACAAAGGUGUGAACUCCUUCCUGGUCUUCAUGGCUUACAAAGACAGAUACCAGUGUUCUGAUGGCCAGAUAUACGAGAUCUUCAGCAUCAUUCGUGACCUGGGAGCUUUGGCCCAGGUGCAUGCGGAGAACGGGGACAUUAUCGAGGAGGAGCAGAAGUGCCUGUUGGAUCUCAGCAUCACCGGCCCUGAGGGUCACGUGCUCAGCCGGCCCGAGGAGGUGGAAGCCGAGGCUGUGUUCCGAGCAGUCACCAUCGCCAAGCAGGCCAACUGCCCCCUGUACAUCACCAAGGUGAUGAGCAAGACAGCGGCUGACAUGGUAGCCCAAGCCAAGCGCAGAGGGCUAGUGGUGUUUGGAGAGCCCAUCACUGCCGGCCUUGGCACUGACGGCUCCCACUACUGGAGCAAGAACUGGGCCAAGGCUGCGGCCUUCGUCACUUCGCCUCCCAUCAGCCCAGACCCCACUACUGCUGACCACCUCAGCUCCCUGCUGUGCAGCGGGGAUCUCCAGGUGACGGGCAGUGCCCACUGCACCUUCAGCACCGCCCAAAAGGCUGUGGGCAAAGACAACUUCACCCUCAUCCCUGAGGGCACGAACGGUGUGGAGGAGCGACUGUCUGUGGUCUGGGAGACAUGUGUGGCCUCGGGGAAAAUGGACGAGAACGAGUUUGUUGCCGUGACCAGCACAAAUGCAGCCAAAAUCUUCCACCUGUACCCACGGAAGGGGCGGGUGGCCGUGGGCUCUGACGCAGACCUGGUGCUCUGGAACCCCCGGGCCACCAAGAUCAUCUCGGCCAAGAACCACAACCUGAACGUGGAAUACAACAUCUUCGAGGGCCUGGAAUGCCGGGGAGCCCCAGUGGUGGUGAUCAGCCAGGGCCGUGUGGUACUGGAGGAUGGGGCCCUGUCCGUCACCCCCGGGGCUGGCCGCUUCAUUCCACGGAAACCCUUCCCAGACUUUGUCUACAAGAGGAUCAAGGCCCGUAACCAGCUAGCAGAGAUCCACGGAGUGCCCCGUGGCCUCUAUGACGGGCCCGUCCACGAGGUGAUGCUGCCUGCCAAGCCAGGGAGUGGCACCCCAGCACGUGCAUCCUGUUCCAGCAAGAUCUUCAUGACCCCUGUGCGCAACCUGCACCAGUCGGGGUUCAGCCUAUCAGGCUCCCAGGCAGAUGACCACGUGGCACGGCGCACAGCACAGAAGAUCAUGGCACCGCCCGGCGGGCGCUCACACAUCACCUCCCUGUCCUAGGGUGCCCCCCCAAAUACCCCUGGAUGUCCCCAAGUGCAGGGCCAGAGGCUGGAUGCUCUGCUCGGGUGGUCCUGGAAACAGCCAGAACCCCUGAGGUUCACGCCUGGGCACAGAGGGGCAGCCCUUCUGGACAGAUGCCGCAGACCCCAGCACCCCUCAAGCAUGUAGUGGGAGCGGAGGGACCAGAGCUCCGGGUUCCUCGAGCCCCAGCACUGGCCAGCAGGUCCAUUAAAUUCCUCUGGGUAGAA